AUGAACAGGCGAAAUUGUUGGAUUUGUAAGUUGUGCAGAGACAAAUCUAAGAGGCCCCUUUCAAACCUUACUUUGGAGGAAGUGUUACAAUGGGCCCAGUCUUUUGAAAAUUUGAUGGCUACAAAAUAUGGUCCAGUAGUCUAUUCAGCAUACCUAAAAAUGGAGCACAGUGAUGAGAACAUUAAAUUCUGGAUGGCAUGUGAAAUGUACAAGAAAAUUGACUCACGAGGGAGCAGGAUUUCUAGGGCAAAGAAGCUCUACAGGAUUUAUAUCCAACCAGACUCACCUAGAGAGAUCAACAUUGACAGUUCAACUAGAGAAGCUAUCAUCAGGAACAUUCAAGAACCCACUCAGACAUGUUUUGAAGAGGCUCAAAAAACAGUGUAUAUGCAUAUGGUAAUGGAUUCCUAUCCCAGAUUUCUAAAGUCAGAAAUGUACCAGGAACUUUUGAAAACUACUCAAUCCAAUAAUUCUUGA